CUGAUUGACAGGUGAGAGAUGUGACGCGUCGGGAGGCACCGUGAGAGCAAAGGAAAGGUGCAGACCGGAUUAUUUCAUGAGCCGGCCGGCACAGGUAUGGAUGUGAGAGGUCGGAAGGAAUAUUAAGGACAUCUAUGGAGCUGUGCAGUCCCAACAUGAGUGAGAGUGGAGGCUCUCUCUGCCAAGUGAAGCAGCUUCCCUGCCACAGUGUCCCCCUUUGUCGCCUGCAGGCCAGUGGACACUAUAUGCGCAACCUCCCCCACUUUACCCACCAGCCGUGGGUCAACCACCCAGCCCCAGCGGUCGCCUCCGGCCCAGCCGUGGCCGUUCGCCACAGGGUAAAUGGAGCCAUGGCGGCCAGCUGCAGCAACCCGGAGUGUGCAGCCUCAAAACUGGGAGAGGAAGCAGCGCUGGCCCAAGGCGUCUCCACUGGGAAGGUGGUGGUGACAGGAGGAGGGGGAUACUUUGGGUUCAGGCUAGGGAGAGAGCUGGCCAGUCAGGGGAUGUCGGUGAUCCUUCUGGACAUGAACAAGCCUCCCUGUGAAAUCCCUGAUGGAGCGGUCUACUAUCAGAGUGAUAUACGGGAUUAUUCUUCCCUCUAUAAGGUGUGUGAAGGGGUCGACUGUGUAUUUCACACAGCGUCUUACGGCAUGUCUGGACCGGAACAGCUGAGGAAGGAGCAGGUGGAGUCAAUCAAUGUCGGAGGGACCAAUAAUGUCAUAAACGUGUGUAAGGAGAGGAGCAUCCCCAGGCUGGUGUACACCAGUACCAUCAAUGUUGUGUUUGCUGGGAAACCAAUUGAGGAGGGUGAUGAGGUGUCAGUGCCGUAUGUGCCCCCUGACGUGCACAUCGACCACUACUCCAGAACUAAAGUGAUUGCAGAGCAGAUGGUCCUCUCUGCCAACGGAUGCUCCCUGAAAGGUGGAGAUGUGCUUCGGACCUGCGUCCUGCGGCCCUGUGGCAUCUAUGGACCAGAGGAGAGGAGACACCUCCACAGAGUCAUGAUGAACGUGGAGCGUAGGUUGUUCAGUUUCAGGUUUGGUGACCCGGAGGCCAGGAUGAACUGGGUGCAUGUAGACAACCUGGUACUGGCCCACACGCUGGCAGCCGAGGCGCUGACACCGCAGAGGAACUGUGUCUCUAGUGGACAGGCCUAUUUCAUUAACGACGGAGUUUCAGUCAAUCUGUUUGAGUGGUUGACACCACUGUUUGAAAAACUGGGCUACAGCAGGCCGCAGAUAAACCUGCCGGUUUCCGUCGUCUAUUCGGCAGCCAUCCUGGUGGAAUAUUUGCAUGUAGUCCUGAAACCUGUGAUAGAAGUGCCCCUCCUCUUUACCAGAAAUGAGGUGAGGAACAUAGCUGUGAGCCACACCUUCAAGAUCAACAAGGCCCGCCGAGAGCUUGGUUUCUGUCCGAAGCCCUACAGCCUGAUGGACUCUGUGGACCAGUACCUGAAAUCCAGACAGCCUCGCUCCAGCUCGUCUCUCCUCGGCCUCUCCUGGACCUCCCAGCUGCCUCAACACCUCCUCCUGCUGUUGCUACUGAUUGGCUUCAGCCUGCUGCUAGUGAUGCUAUCCUCCAUUCACAACUGAAAAUUUGUAUGGAAAUCAAAUAUUUGAUGCUGUAUUCACACCACAUGUGACACCAGAUGCAAUGAAAUAUACCUUGAAAUAAAUCGUCAGAACGUAAGAUUAUGCAAUAAUUUACUUCACCUUUUUUUGAUGUUGGUAUAUGUGUGUCUGACUUUGAAAUGAUGAAACUACCAGGCUGCUGAAAAGUAUUAAACCUGAGUGGUGUGAAUGUUAUCGGUUUCUCUGCAAUUUGAAGCUUCUAUGAGGAAAAAAAAAAUAUUUGUAAUAUUUUAUUUGAAAUGUUUAAAUCUUGAUUGAGUGUAUUUAAAGCAUGUUUCCAGGUUCUCUGAUAAAGCCUUGAUGUGAUUUACACAUCUGUGGAGUUUGAUUAGUAAUUUUAUACACUUUUAGAAAUAAAAGCA